AGACAACAAAGAGAGACUGAGGAAGAAGAAGAAGAGGAGAAGAAGAAUUAGAUCUGAAAACUCAUAUACUUAAACGUCAUAUCUUCUUCUGAUUGUUUUCACAAAUGCCACGCCCUUCUUUUCACAAGCUUAUUCUCUCCUCCACCAUUAGAGACAGGAAGCUGAGGAUUCCAGAAAACUUUGUCAAGAAGUUCAAAGAUGAGCUUUCCGUAGCUGCUACUCUUAUGGUUCCUAAUGGUAAUGUUUCGCGUGUAGGAUUAAAAAGAGUUGACAACAAAAUUUGGUUUAAUGAUGGCUGGCAAGAAUUUAUGGAUCGUUAUGCUAUCCGUAUUGGGUACUUUUUGGUCUUCAGAUAUGAAGGGCAUUCAUCAUUCAACGUUCACAUAUAUAAUUUGCCUUCUUCUGAGAUUAAUUAUCAUUCAAAUCCUUACAGUAGAACCGAAGUGCUCUAUCAUAGCAAACAAUACCGUAUAUUUGAAGAAAUGGAAGAUGAUGACUUGGAAUUUGUAGAUCAUUCAACACUGAACAAAACUUUCAAUCCACCGGCACUUCAGAAUUUGCUCACUAGUUCCAAAUACAAUAACAGCAUACAUUAUGCUGGUGAAGCAAACCUACAUAGAUCAAAAGUGACAUUGUAUUCGCCAGAUGGAGAAUUAGAAAGGCUUAAAAAAGCUGGGAGAAAAAAGCGGAAGAUCGAUCCUAAUAAUCAGGAUUCAUCGGUUCAAUAUGAACAUGAAGGAGAAAUGCGCUUUAGAUUUUAUGAAAGUGCUUCGGCAAGAAAGAGAACAGCUACAGCUGAAGAAAGAGAAAGGGCAAUAAAUGCUGCCAAAUCUUUUGAGCCAACCAAUCCUUUCUGCAGGGUCGUCCUGCGACCGUCUUACUUAUAUAGGGGGUGUAUUAUGUAUCUGCCGUCCUGCUUUGCUGAAAAACAUCUAAACGGGAUUUCAGGAUUCAUUAAGUUACAGAUGUCCGAUGGGAAGCAGUGGCCUGUUCGAUGUCUAUAUAAAGGAGGCAGAGCUAAGUUCAGUCAAGGUUGGUAUGAAUUUACCUUGGAGAAUAAUUUGGGGGAAGGAGAUGUUUGUAUCUUUGAGGUGCUUAGGGUGAGGGAUUUUGUGCUGAAAGUAACUGUAUUUCGCAUCAUGGAAAGUACAGGAUAUGUGAAUCGACUAAUGGUUCUUGAUGAUGGUGAGCAAACAACUUCCAGGGUAACUAAAAUAUUGUCACAUUCCAUGGAGCCAUAUUUGCAGGACAAAAAGUCUUGCAUAUUUCACAAGUUAAUUGUGGCCUCCAUUAUCCAGGACAGGAAGCUUAGGAUUCCUGAUAGGCUCAUUCAGAAAUUUGGAGAUGAACUUUCUUCUAUCGGAAAACUCACAAUUCCCAGCGGUCGUGCCUGGUUAGUAGAAUUAAGAAAAGAUAAUCACAAGUUGUGGUUUGAUAACGGUUGGCAUGAAUUCAUAGAAGAUUGCCCCGUUCAUGUUGGAUAUCUUUUGGUCUUCAAAUAUCAAAGGAAUUCGAAUUUCAAUGUGCAUAUAUUUGAUUUAGCAACUUCUGAGAUAAAGUAUCCAUUGGACACUUGUAGUCGCUUGGAAGAACCUAGUCAUGUCAAGCAAUGUCCCCUUGAGGAACAUAUAGAAGAUAUCAACUCUGUUGAAAUAUUGGCUUCAAGCCCUUCGUGCCCAACUCCUAGUUCUUCAAUAAACAAGGCUUUUUAUGAAAGCAUAUGCUACAGCUGGAAUAACAACUCUAAAUUUGGGAUUAGUUCAGAGAACUUGCAUCCAGUAGAAAAAGUGUGUCAUUUGGAAGCAACGUCUCACUCUACUCGAGAUGUAGGAACACAGCUCAAUUAUAGUGAGCUGACUGCUGUAGAUGAAGUUGAUUUGCAUUUCGGUGGUGUAACAGGAGGACAACUCACUAGAUCCGGACAAAGAACUGACCCCUGUGUACAUGAGUCAUUAGGCAAACAAAAAGUGGAAGCAGAGUUGCAUGACAGAAAACUUUCUUUGAAAGCAUCUAUGAAGAAUUGGAGAGCUGUAACCACUGUAAAAAAGUGGAAAACAGUUUGUGCAGCUGAAUUGUUCAAGUCUGAUCAUCCUUUUUUCAGGGUUACCUUGCGACAAUAUAACACACGUAAAGGUUUUGUAUAUUUGCAUGUUCCAGCCACAUUUGCUCGAAAGUAUCUAAAUGGUUUCAGAGGACAUAUCACACUUCUGGAUUCAGAUUGCAACCGCCAGUGGCUUGUCCAAUCUCGUUCUAAGGAUCGUAGAGUUGAUUUGUACAAGGGUUGGUCUAUAUAUGUAAGGGAUAAUAAUUUGGAAGAAGGUGAUGUAUGUGUCUUUGAACUGAUUAGGACAAAGGAUGUUGCUCUAAAAGUCACCAUAUUUCGAGCUCUCGAACACACAGAAUCUAUCAGUAGGCCAAACUAGAACAAUUACUAAUCAGAUGUUUGGUUGAGGUGAACAAAAUUCAAGAAACAACAUUUUCAUGUGAAAUUUUGCUGUGCAUUGUGUCUCCUUUGGUUAUGGUUAUGUGCAAUAAAGAAAAUCUGAUGUCUUAAGUUCUUAACCUGAUUUCAUCCCGGGUUCGCUGUAUCAAUGUCACUCUGCACAUG